AUGGCCGCCUUUUCACCGAGUGCCUUCGACGGCAGUAAUUCUGAAGCUUUUAGCGAAAGCGAAGACGAUUUUAGUGACGAAGACAACUAUGUGGCUACAAAAGCCAGCGAGGAAGAAAGUGAUUCUACAGAAGACAGCGAGGAAGAAAACGAGUUGUUCUUCACCGACCAGCUGAUUGAGCAAAUAGUGCGUGAAACAAACCGCUACGCCCGUGAUAAAAUCUCGAGUGCCGGUGUUCUUCAGCAGUACUCGAUUUGGAAUGACUGGGAAGAUGUGCGCGUGGAAGAAUUCAAAGCCUUCCUAGGGGUCAUAGUGAACAUGGCCUUGAACCCCAACCAGAGCUGA